UGUUACGAUAGUGCAUUGUUUUGAUUCAAAUUAGUACAAACUGUAGCUGUGGCGAAAAUGCAGCAAAUAAAAUAUACUUGGAACAGAUUCUCUGUUUUCAUUCCUUUAACAUGUUACGUAAGACAGGUACAUAUGGCAGCGGUAGGAAAAAAUGACUUUGCAGUUCUCAACACUGGGCGGAAAAUGCCUCUCCUUGGUCUGGGAACAUGGAAGAGCGAACCUGGCAAGGUGAAACAGGCAGUAAUAUGGGCUUUGGAGGCAGGCUACCGCCAUAUAGACUGUGCGGCCAUCUAUGGAAACGAGGUGGAGAUCGGAGAUGCUCUGCAAGAGAUGCUUGGCACUGACAAAGCCCUGCGGCGAGAGGAUGUGUUUAUCACUUCUAAACUGUGGAACACACAUCAUCACCCGGAGGAUGUGGAGCCUGCUCUGCUCAAGACACUGAAGGAGCUUGGACUGGAGUACCUGGACCUCUACCUCAUCCACUGGCCCUACGCCUUCCAAAAAGGUAACAUUCCGUUCCCCAAGUCAGAGGACGGCACCCUGCUGUAUGACAACAUUGACUACAAGCUGACUUGGGCUGCCAUGGAGAAACUGGUUGGUAAGGGCCUGGUCAGGGCUAUUGGACUGUCCAACUUCAACAGCAGACAGAUAGACGACGUGCUGUCCGUAGCCAACAUCAAACCCACUGUGCUUCAGGUGGAAAGCCAUCCAUACUUGGCUCAGGUAGAGUUGCUUAAACACUGCCGUGACAGGGGUCUGGUCAUGACAGCGUACAGCCCACUAGGGUCUCCGGACCGAGCAUGGAAACAUCCUGAUGAGCCUAUCCUCCUGGAUGAACCGGCCAUAAAAGCCCUGGCUAAGAAGUACAAUAAGUCCCCAGCACAAAUCAUAAUUAGAUGGCAGACACAGCGAGGAGUGGUGACAAUCCCUAAAAGUGUGACAGAAUCUAGGAUCAUAGAGAAUAUUCAGGUGUUUGACUUUACCCUUGAAGCAGAAGAGAUGACAUGUAUAACAGCUUUGAACAGAUGCUGGCGCUACAUUGUGCCAACCAUCACGGUUGAUGGGAAGCCUGUCCCCAGGGAUGCAGGACAUCCACACUACCCCUUCAGUGACCCUUACUAAGAAACACCCCUCACUGCUGCCUGCUAUUGUGCCUUGGGAACCCCCUCCCUUCCACAGCCCUCUGAAGGCUAUGUCCCAGUUCAAUAAAUUGCUUCCUUUUGUCAUCAUCCUUUAGUGAUAACUCAUGUGACUUUUUUAGUGGAAAGAAAGUUUUUAGAAAGAUCGGGUCGUGUCAGAUUAGUUGUCAUGAUGGGAUGAAAAAGAGUGAUUUUAGUUUGAUUUAUCUCAGCAUUGGGACAUGGCAUCUGUGUUAUUCGUAAUAAAUCUUUUUUGUUACUGGC